CUCUGCCCCGUUCCCUCUGCUCCAGCACCUCGUUGGUUGUCAUGCAGAUCUGUGUCGCCUUCGUCUGCAUGGCCCUGAUCUCUCAUGUGUCAGCCCUGUUCCCGCCCAUAAGAGCGGUUGAAGGCCUCACCAACAGCAUCGUCAUCGACGCGGGCGACCAGCCCAUGGAGCCCAAGCUCUUCUUCUCGCAGAAGCACCACGACAUCGACAGGAGGCAGCAACGCAGACAAACGCGACGUUUCUCUCUCGCCGCUUUGUCGAGGGCGCUGUGCAGCAGGGACGGCAGGACGGUGCUGCGGCCCGAGUGCCCGCCGCGCAGAGGCAGCAGCCGUGGUGCGGGCUGGAGGCUGUGCUCGACGCCGCCUCAGCGAGACCCAUCGCUGAGCGGCAAGCUGAGAGAGUAUGCGAAGGAGGUGGUGAAUGUGCGGAGUAUGGGCGAGUGGACGAGGCUGAAUGAACGCUACUUCGACGCGCCGGCGCUGCACCUGGAAAAGGUGAGGCGCAUGUCAGUGAGGAGGGCGGAAGAGGGCGUGGCAAGCACCACAUUGUGGUGCGGUUUGUGUGCUUUGUGUGUGCAGGUCGGCAUGGGGACGGUGUUUGGGUAUCUGAGUGGGUAUGCCGUCAAGAACGCCCUCAAGGUGUCGGCUUUGCUUGUCGGGUAAGGAGAUGGGCAGCGGACAGACAGAUGAGCAGGCCAGCAAGCAUCAUUCUCUCUCUCUCUCUCUCUGUGUGUGUGUGUGUGGAUCAGUGCGAGCUUCAUCGGUCUGCAGCUGCUGGCCCACCAGGGCUACAUCACCAUCGACUGGGACAGGGCGGAGCGCGACUUCAACAGCCUCUUCGAUAGAGACCAGGACGGCCGCAUAUCCUCACAAGGUGCGGCGAACGAUCACACAUACUGCUCGGUGGCAUCACCACUUUCAUCAGCUCUCUCUCUCUCUCUCUCUCUGCGUGUGUGUUGGGUGGGUGUCCUUCUACGCAGACGUACGUGACCUGUUCGGCAGGCUGGGCAGCUUCCUCUCGUAUGGCCUUCCAAGUGAGACCACCGCAGCAUCGCCACUUCACGUGUGUGCGUCAUGUCCAUUGCCUGUGCGUCAUACUGCAGGCGCUUCUGGCUUCGGCGUCGGCUUUUACCUCGCCCUCAAGUCAUAGCUAGAUAGCCACGAGCAACAAUCCGAUAAUGUGAUGUGCAAGACAGUAUGAGACGGGUCUGUCGUGUAUAGAAACGAGUGGCUUAGUGAG